AUAAGGUGUUGUCCGUGUAACGUGGGUAAGUUAACUAUAAUGUGUUGUCCGUGUAACGUGGGUAAGUUAACUAUAAGGUAUUGUCCGUGUAACGUGGGUAAGUUAACUAUAAGGUGUUGUCCGUGUAACGUGGGUAAGUUAACUAUAAGGUGUUGUCCGUGUAACGUGGGUAAGUUAACUAUAAGGUGUUGUCCGUGUAACGUGGGUAAGUUAACUAUAAGGUGUUGUCCGUGUAACGUGGGUAAGUUAACUAUAAUGUGUUGUCUGUGUAACGUGGGUAAGUUAACUAUAAGGUGUUGUCCGUGUAACGUGGGUAAGUUAACUAUAAGGUGUUGUCUGUGUAAUGUGGGUAAGUUAACUAUAAGGUGUUGUCCGUGUAACGUGGGUAAGUUAACUAUAAGGUGUUGUCUGUGUAACGUGGGUAAGUUAACUAUAAGGUGUUGUCCGUGUAACGUGGGUAAGUUAACUAUAAGGUGUUGUCCGUGUAACGUGGGUAAGUUAACUAUAAGGUGUUGUCCGUGUAACGUGGGUAAGUUAACUAUAAGGUGUUGUCCGUGUAACGUGGGUAAGUUAACUAUAAGGUGUUGUCCGUGUAACGUGGGUAAGUUAACUAUAAUGUGUUGUCCGUGUAACGUGGGUAAGUUAACUAUAAUGUGUUGUCUGUGUAACGUGGGUAAGUUAACUAUAAGGUGUUGUCCGUGUAACGAGGGUAAGUUAACUAUAAGGUGUUGUCCGUGUAACGAGGGUAAGUUAACUAUAAGGUGUUGUCCGUGUAACGAGGGUAAGUUAACUAUAAGGUGUUGUCCGUGUAACGAGGGUAAGUUAACUAUAAGGUGUUGUCCGUGUAACGAGGGUAAGUUAACUAUAAGGUGUUGUCCGUGUAACGUGGGUAAGUUAACUUUAAUGUGUUGUCCGUGUAACGUGCGUAUGUUAACUAUAAGGUGUUGUCCGUGUAACGUGGGUAAGUUAACUAUAAUGUGUUGUCCGUGUAACGUGGGGUAAGUUAACUAUAAGGUGUUGUCCGUGUAACGUGGGUAAGUUAACUAUAAGGUGUUGUCCGUGUAACGUGGGUAAGUUAACUAUAAGGUGUUGUCCGUGUAACGUGGGUAAGUUAACUAUAAGGUGUUGUCCGUGUAACGUGGGUAAGUUAACUAUAAGGUGUUGUCCGUGUAACGUGGGUAAGUUAACUAUAAGGUGUUGUCCGUGUAACGUGGGUAAGUUAACUAUAAUGGUGUCCGUGUAACGUGGGUAAGUUAACUAUAAGGUGUUGUCCGUGUAACGUGGGUAAGUUAACUAUAAUGUGUUGUCUGUGUAACGUGGGUAAGUUAACUAUAAUGUUGUCCGUGUAACGUGGGUAAGUUAACUAUAAGGUGUUGUCCGUGUAACGUGGGUAAGUUAACUUUAAUGUGUUGUCUGUAUAACGUUGGUAAGUUAACUAUAAGGUGUUGUCCGUGUAACGUGGGUAAGUUAACUAUAAUGUGUUGUCCGUGUAACGUGGUUAAGUUAACUAUAAUGUUGUCCGUGUAACGUGGGUAAGUUAACUUUAAAGUGUUGUCCGUGUAACGUGGGUAAGUUAACUAUAAGGUGUUGUCCGUGUAAC